CUUUGAUUGCAGUUUAUGUGGUAACGUUAGUUUGCUUUUACUGAUGAAAAUACUCAACACUUAGCUUGGUAUCGUUUGGGACGUUUUUGAUGCUUUGUUGUAGCAUGUAAUUCCUGAAAUGUAUGUUGUAAGUUGGUGUAUGAUACUUACCACAGGUAACGUUAUCUGCUAGCUUGUUAUAAUGAAUCGCAAGCCAAUGUAGUGUUGGCUCACAUCAACACCUUGUCAACACUACCUGGACAUGGAAUAUUUCAUAAUAGUUUGCGAUGUGGACACACGCUGUCGUGAUGGGAAGAAACGUUAUAACUAAUAACACCUCCGUCAUGGAGUCACAGACAGGGGAUCUCUCCCCCAAGACAACCACAGUGUUCAAGAUCAGCAAUGGUCCCAUGACGGGCUCGCGGAAACGGCCAUCGGAAGGCAACUACCAGAAGGAGAAGGAUGUAUGCAUACAGCUGUUUGACCAGUGGUCUGAGGCCGACCAGGUGGAGUUUGUGGAGCACCUGAUCUCGCGCAUGUGCCAUUACCAGCACGGCCACAUUAACUCCUACCUCAAGCCCAUGCUCCAAAGGGAUUUCAUCACAGUACUGCCAGCUCAGGGUCUGGACCACAUAGCGGAGAACAUCCUGUCAUUCCUGGACGCGCGCUCGCUGUGCUCGGCCGAACUGGUGUGUAAGGAGUGGCAGCGGGUCAUCUCCGAAGGCAUGCUGUGGAAGAAACUGAUCGAGCGCAUGGUCCGCACCGACCCCCUCUGGAAGGGCUUGUCGGAGAGGCACCAGUGGGAGAAGUACCUUUUCAAGAACCGAACAACAGAAGUUCCGCCAAAUUCCUACUACCGCUCCCUGUAUCCCAAAAUAAUCCAAGACAUCGAGACUAUCGAGGCCAACUGGAGGUGUGGGCGGCACAACCUGCAGAGGAUUCAGUGUCGCUCCGAGAACAGCAAAGGUGUUUACUGCCUGCAGUAUGACGACGACAAAAUCAUCAGCGGCCUCCGCGACAACUCCAUCAAGAUCUGGGAUAAACAAACCCUGGAGUGUCUGAAGAUCCUGACGGGCCACACCGGCUCUGUGCUCUGCCUGCAGUAUGACGAGCGGGUCAUCGUCACGGGCUCCUCAGAUUCCACCGUCAGGGUGUGGGACGUGAACUCGGGCGAGGUGCUGAACACGCUCAUCCAUCACAACGAGGCAGUGCUGCAUCUGCGCUUCUGCAACGGCCUGAUGGUGACGUGCUCCAAGGACCGCUCCAUCGCCGUGUGGGACAUGGCCUCACCCACCGACAUCAGCCUGCGCCGUGUGCUGGUGGGCCACCGCGCCGCCGUCAACGUGGUUGACUUCGACGACAAGUACAUCGUCUCCGCAUCGGGAGACCGCACUAUUAAGGUGUGGAGCACCAGUACGUGCGAGUUUGUGCGCACGCUUAACGGGCACAAGCGGGGCAUCGCCUGCCUCCAGUACCGGGACAGGCUGGUGGUCAGCGGCUCGUCUGACAACACUAUCAGGUUGUGGGAUAUUGAGUGUGGUGCAUGUUUGCGAGUUUUGGAAGGUCACGAGGAGUUGGUCCGGUGCAUUCGGUUCGACAACAAGCGUAUCGUUAGUGGAGCGUAUGACGGUAAAAUCAAAGUUUGGGACCUGCAAGCUGCACUGGAUCCACGGGCUCCUGCCAGCACGCUCUGUCUGCGUACAUUGGUGGAGCACUCUGGUCGAGUCUUCAGGCUUCAGUUUGACGAGUUCCAGAUCAUCAGCAGUUCCCAUGACGACACUAUUCUCAUAUGGGACUUCCUCAAUGUCUCAACCAAUGGACAAAACGAAGGGCGAUCGCCCUCCCGCACGUAUACGUACAUCUCUAGAUAGCAGGGUAGGCCCAGCGAUGGUCACUGUAUGAGUGUAAAUGUGUGUUUGUGUGCGUGAAUGUGUAUGUUCGUGUGUGUGAAUGUGUGGGGAUUGUCCUGACGACCGAGCCUCUGUGUCAGUAUGCCAGGAUAUGAAGUCGAGGAAAAGAAUUCCCCCCCCCCCCCCCCUCCCCUCCCUUCCCCGUCUCUUUCUCUCCUCUCACCUUUUCUCCACAUCUCUCUAUCCUCCUCUUCCUCCUCCACGUGGGAGCGACGCACCUCCACCACAGAGCCCCUCCUCCCCACUCUACACACACCCUUCCUGCGCCUGAGCUCACAGACAUUUCACCACAGGUGGAGGGGUGAAAGGAUAGAUAGAUAGAUAGGAUGGAUGGAUGGAUGGACAGACGGACAGAUGGAAUGGGCAGCGCCUCUCGAAAAAGAGACGCCACAGAGAGGAAAAAGGUGCGGGAGGGCGGUAGGAGCUCCUCCCCGUCACCCCCAACAACCAGACUGAGUGACAGAGCUCCCAGUCCCGCCCCUGUGGGCCCAAAAGACAUUUUUUCAGUGGAUCUGUUUUGCUUUUAUUUGUUUGAUCUUUUUUGUUUUUUUGCUUUUGUUUUCUUAUUGGAGGUUUUUUUUCUGACAGAAGAGAAAAAAAAAGAAAUAGAGAAAAAAAAUGGUGGAAGACCUGGAGGAAGGAGAGUGUCUUCCAUAUGGACUUACUGCAUGAAUGGAUGAUUGGACAGUAGAGUGUGCUAGUGACCCCCUAUUUUUCGGUCUUUCUUACUUUUUUAUUCUUUGACUUUCUUCUUUUUUUUUAUUUGGGGAAAUUUUUAUUAAUUUUUGCUUUCUUUGUCAUAUCGUACUCUAAUAAUUGUAAUUCUGUCCCCCCUUACAGACUUCUACAGUGUCUCUCCACUCUCCUCUCUUCUUCUCUCGCCUGCUCUAUCUCUCUCUUUUCUUUGCCCUUCCUGUCUUGUCCCAUUUUUGCAGUCUGCUUGUCUAGGUUUCGAAUGACCUAUAAAUGAGCUGAAUUUAGUUGUAAAACAGAGUUGUCUUGUCUAAAAUUGUGUUGUAUAUUGAAAUGAUUUUUUUUAAGAAAAAAAAAAACACAUUAUUAUUAAUAAGAAUAAAGAUCUUGACUGUGAAGGAGUGUUAAAA